GGAACUUCGGCCCAAGUUUGAUGGUUGACGAUUCAUAUUCAAGAAUUUGUUUUCUUGCUAUAUUUUCUGAAAUGAAGAUUGUCGGCCCUUGAACCUUGGAUUGACAAUGGAUGUGCCAAUUUCACCUGAUAGUGUUGCUGGGGAGGCUAGCACAUCUCCUGUGGCACGCCCCAAAUCGAAGUCUUUCUUGUCUCACAUUGUGGGCCAGGAACAAGAAGUGGACUUUGUCAGCAUUGACCAUUGUUACUCCAAACCCUGGAGUGCUCACCCAGAUGCCAGUCAUGCUAAGCCAGUCCGCAUGCUCUUCAUGGCCAAGUUGCCAAGAGGACAAAGUAUAGUUGAGCCUGAUGUGGAACUUGACGUUGAAACACCACCGUUUAAGCCUGUUGUUCCAUAUGAUCCAGUCAAGGCACGGUCAAUGAUGACGGAGUGUGAACGCCAAGUGACAAACAGUUGUUCUGAGGAGGGACCUGACGACUGGGAAGAUAAUGUCACCAGGACUGGUUGGACCCUACAGCAGAAUCGUCUCUUCAACAAAGUUAUGAAGAUUUUGCAGGCUGACCGCCUUGCCAGACUGACCUAUGAGGUGACAAGUAAUGAGCCAGUACUGAGAAGGAUAAAUGUUGACAAAACAGCUAAGCGAUUACGUCAAGCUUUGGGCAGUGUCACCUGGAACACCAAGUUGACCCAGUGGCUACAUAGCGUGUUGGCAGAGAAUCUGAGUUUACCUCUGAGAGCAGCUUACCUGGAUGCUCUGCAGACUCUCCGAGCCAAGGUACCGACGCUAAUAGACAGAAUGGUGGCACCAUCAGUUAGUGUGAACAGGUCAGGGACGGUGUCUGGAGAAGAACUGACAGCUCUGCUGAAGAAAGCCUGGGACCCAGUGCUACAGUAUAUGUCCCAGCAGAAACCGAGGAAACUGCCGGGUAACCCGCUCUUGGUAGUGGCACCCACUGGACCCUCCCACACCAACCCGCAGUACAACAAACGUACAAGAUUUUGGAAUGCACAGUUGUCUACCUUGGGGAAGGUCAUCCCUGUGUCUGUAAACACAGGGGGGCGUGUUAGUGUGGCUCAGUGUCUGGAGCAACUGGUAGGAGCCGUCAGGACUAAAAUACAGGAGCUGAAGAGUCACUUUCCAAACCGUCCCAUUGUGUUACUCGGCUGGAGUGUAGGGGCAUCAAUUGCUUGUCAGGUGUCCAUGAUGGAAAAUGUUUCAGCUGUUGUCUGCCUGGGAUUCCCGAUGGUGGGCCUUCAUGGGACACGAGGGGACGUAGAUGACCAGUUGCUGAACAACCGCACCCCAACCUACUUUGUGAUUGGUCAGCAUGCCAACACAAGUAACCUGGACGACAUCGAGGACAUGCGAGAGAAGAUGAGAGCAGAGAAUGGGCUGCUGGUGGUGGGAGGGGCAGAUGACCUGUUACGAAUGAGCCGUACCAAGAAGAAACAGGAAGGCUUAACACAGAUCAUGGUCGACAGAUGCAUCAUGGAUGAGAUGGCAGAGUUCCUGGGUUGUAUCCUUACUGCCUCCCCCACACUGUCCCCUGACAAGCCUAAAGCUCCAGAGGUGAGAGAGAAGAGGAAGUACAGGAAGAGAAACACGGCUGACAACCCAGCUAAUCAGUCUACCACAAGGAGGGCGUCAACUGGUCGCACCAAUUCCCGUGUGUCUCGUGAUAGUGGGAAGACACUGACAGCAGCACAGAUUGCUUCCCUCAAGACUGCUUCUAAGGAGAUAGAAGCUAAAUCUGGUAGGAGAGCAGCACCAAAGAGAAGACAGACAAUGAGUCCCACUGGUUACGUGGCUACAAAACGAGCGUUGAAGGCCUCGUCUAUUGAUGGUCCUACCCCUCAGAGAGAGCCGGCAAAGUCUACCCAUGUCUCCCCAGAUGUUCCCAAACCUCUAGUCUCUGUCCCUGGGGCCCCAGAGCUGUCCAUUCUUCUUCAGAAACAGAAUCGGCCCUUAGAGCCUCACCUCCUGGUGGCUGCUCAGGCAGGGCAGCGUGGACAGGAACAGUCAGGCCGAGAGGCAGGUGAUGUUGUGGAUGGGUUGGAGCCUGCUCGAGAGCCAGCUGGGCAAGCCUCACAGAUCUUGAUCCCGGCGGAGGAGCCUUCCCAGGCUGCAGAGACAAGCAUGGAGGUACUGUCAGAGGAGGACACCCAACUCACAGCCCAGACGUCUGCAACCAGCUCCAAGCCUAACCUCAACUCUGUGCUGGUCAGCAUUAAGUCGGCAGGGGCAGGUAACCCACCCAAAACAGGCUCUUCCAGCAUGGCGUCCUCCAACCCGCUAACAUUCACUAUCCCUGCCUCUCUCACCACAAAUCUCUAUGGAUUACAGAAAAGUGCUGGAAAGCCGUCAACAGUUCAUUUGACGACCGGGCUGACAGGCUCUACUCAGAUUCAUAAGCUUCUCAGCUCUCUGGCACGAUCAGGGGUGACAACUCCUGUUACAGCUACAUCAACUGCUACCAAAAUGUCAGUAGGUGAAUCAGAGCAGCAAAGUGGUCCAGGCGCAGCAGGAACGUCUACUAGUACACAUCAGACAAUAUACGUACAGCCUGCUGGACUAAAAGCAUCAACAAGGCCUGGGGGUGGGAUUGUAGUUCAGCAGGCUGGUGUGGGUGCAGUGGCAGGGCGGGGACGUGGUGGAACGACAUCUAGGGGACGAGGGGGUGUGCGCGGGGGUGGAAGGUACAAAGGUAGGACAAUGGUGUCUGUCGUCAACCAACCUGCAGACACCGAGAAAGUGCAGGCCAUCCAGAAGCUUCAGUUUCACGACUUCCCUCUAACGACUGCUACACUGUCCCGGGGCACGACCAGCAUCACACAGGCCAAGAUCCUCUCCAACAAUCAGCUGGACCUGGGCAAACUCCAGGCGCUUACUGAGUCUGGCAAAGCCACCACGUUCCACAUUGCUCUGAACAAGAGCUUAUUGGCUGGCCGUGAGGGUGGAGGCAGCUCACCUUCAGCAUCCAAACCCACCGGUGCCUUCUCCAUCGCAUCUCUUCUCGCACAGGGCAAGACUUCGCUGGUCAAUCCUCUGAACACGCUGGCUGGAGCUGCCGCUGAAAAGGACAAACUGAAAGUGGUCACCUCCACGGAGAAGGGUUCAGACAAACCAGUCAAGGUUGUUGUAACCACUGAGACACUGGGCAAGGUGUCUUCACUGCUUGAAUCUCAACUAGCCAGCAGUAAGAGCCCACUGUCAACCUCAACCGCAACUGGAACAACAGCUACAAGAGUAGUGAAAGUUACCCCUGCUGUGGAGGAAUCACUGACUGAGUUUACCGAGGUGGCACAAGGGCUGGGGGAAAGUGUAACUGAAGGUCAAGGGGUGGCUUCCCAGGAGUCCAUGGACAGUGCUAACACCACGACGACAUCAGUAUCAGUGUCAGCAGAGGCUAAGGGCACAGGGACCAAGUCCUCCCCAAAGUCUACCUCACCCUCGGGGCGGGGUGCAGGUAAAUCACAGACAGCUGUCACAUCUUACACGUCUAAACCUGUGCUACCAACUGUGGCCUCCACUCGCACAAGACGAAUCCGUACUCCCAGACAGUAUGACCUGUGAAAACCUUAACAUUGUACAUAAGCAUAGGUUCAUACAGACAGUGCAUUUAUAGACCUUUUAAAUGGAAAGGGGUCGUAAAACAAUUUUGAAGGAGAAAUAUCUUCAUUGCCAGAAGGUCUGCUCUAUAUUUUAAUGUAUGUUAACUGACAUGUAUGUAUUAAACCUGUAAAUACUUACUGACAUGCUCUGAAGGAAAGAGAUGAAGUGUACAGAAAAUUGUAACUUAGUUUUAAGAUAAGUAAUGAAUAUAUGAUAUUCUCAUGGCUACUUGAAAAGUGGUUCUCAUAUAAUGCAUAUGUUCAGUUUGAGCUCCUGCUGUUGAGCUGGUGUCGCUGCAGUUUUGUGGGAAAAUGGUUGUCACCCACCAGUAAGAUUAAUGGCGUACCAAAGUUUCUUGGCUUCACAGUGCAUAUGUAUUCUGAUAUUGGUGGCCAUGGAAGUUCUGUCACAUGUAUUACAGGUUAAAUAGGAUUUGUGAGGUGCAGCCCCUGGCGAUGGUUGUAACCAUAUUUCAGUAGACAUGUAUUUUAUGAUAAUGUACAGCCAGGGUUUUAAUUAUACUGUGGCAUACCUUUGAAAUCCACAAUGCUCAUGACAAUAGUAAGUUCAUCCUUACUUAUGGUUGGUGGUUCCCAAAAGCACCCUGGUUUAACAACCCAUAAAACUUAUCACCAAUGUAUAACUGAAUAAAUCUUGAGUGUGGCAGUAACAAGAAUCAAAUAAAUAAAUAUAUGUGUAUUUUAAUAAUAAUUGAAACGAUUUUGCACAUGUACGUGUGUCUCAGCCAUCUGAAACAUCUGAUCACCCCUGUUUAAAUACUGGUAAACCUGUAUUAAUGAUUCACACAACUCACAAGUAUGUCGUUUGUCCUGAGUUGUCUCCUUACAACUGAAUUGGUACUCGACAUGGUAAUGGGGAAGGGAUGCUGUCAAAGCAGACGUUAGCGAGUAUUUAUGCAGUUUGACAAUAGAUUAGAGAAGUAAAACUUAACAGACCUCUGUUGGUUACUGGUAAAAGUGAAAUUUUGUUGAGCAUGCAUCGGUGUAUUCAGUCAGUGAAAUGUGAAAACAUGACUACAAGAUGAGUCAGUGUGUAAUGUUGAGUUCCCAUGGCACAUGUUAACCAAGGCACACAGGAAACUCUUAUUGUAAUAAUAUGGCGCUUUAGAAUGACUGUUGCAUUUAUUAUGUAAAUACUACAUAUGUGUUCAUUAUUUAAUGACAGGUUCCCAGUGUUUUCUAGUCUAGGUUUUUACAGCCAUUCAGAAUAAUGCAUUGUUUUCCAUAAGCUUUACAUCUACUCAUGUACUCUUUGAUACCUUGUGAAGUAGUAUAUAAAUUUAGCAUUAAGUAUGAGUAUUGUUUUUUGUAAUAUCGCAGAAUCUCUGUUUCUGACGCUGCUUUUAAAUAUAUACAUGUUGAGCUAAAUAUGUAAUAAUAGGUAUGCAUGAUACAUGUAUUGUAAUAUACCAAUAUUAUAUUCACUUUGUAGCCAGAUACGUGCUUCUUAAUUAUGACCUGUCAUUGUUAAGAUUUCUUCAAUUACAUAUACGCCAUGUUUAUGUCAUGCAUUAUGUAAGCUGUUAAAUAUUUGACAUUCUGGUCAGUAUGUUCUUCAUUAUCAUUUUGAAGGCAAAAAGACAUGAGAAAGUCAGGAGGCAUUUUGUCAUUUCUUGUUGGAAUUCUUUUUUUUUUAUUACUGAGGACUAGUCACUUCAGAAACGUUGUGAUUUUAAAAUGAAAGUAUAAAACUUGUAGGACCAGUAUGAUGUGAAGUAGAGGAUCGCAGUUUCUUGGUAGGCCUAUUGUACAGGUGUAUAUGUUCAGUCAUGUAUGGAUGAUACAAAAGACUGAUUUGAGAGCUUGCUUACAAAACCUGCAAGUGAAAAUGUGUGCCAAUAAGUGUUUUAAAUGAGCUCAUAGUAGCACAUAUAUAUGCUUAUGUUAUGUAUACAUACAUUGUACAGUGUGUAUCUUAUGUCUGACAAUAUGUAUGAGUACUUGUACCAGGUUCUCUAAGUUGGUCUUAAAAGGAGCACUUUUGGAUGUGAAGCAUACUGGACUACUUUGUUUAGUUUACGUAAGGGUUUAUUUUUCAGAUAAAGCCACAUUACACAUGAUCCCCGCAAGUGAACAAGUUAACAUGGCAGGCCUACUUACAAACUUCACAAUAUCUGACUCUUCUAGGUUGUCAGUUAUGAAUUGCCAAAGCCUGUACGUUGCAGUUUUAUGGGAAAAACAUUAUAUUUACAUAGCAGUAAUAAGAAAUUGUGCUUGAUAUUUGUAUUGUUUGUUAAGAUAGCUUGUUAUUGUGUCAGUUAAAGAUUGCUUGCUGACAUGUUGAAAAAAAUUGGGGAUGGAUGAAGUGACAGGUACAUGUAGAUGUAAAAUCUACAUAGUUAUGUUCUCAAGUUUUGGGGCGUAGUGUAUCUUUGGAGUUCAUCAGUCUUGAUGUCUUAUUUGCUUUCCAGCAUUUGUUAUAUUGCACUGUUAACAUUAACAUUGUAAUCUAAAUAACAAAAAUUCCACAGAACACAGUGUGUGUUCAUCUCAGGCCUUUAAAUUUUGACUCAGCAUUAUAUUGUGGUAGUUUUCUGCAAUCUUUUAUUUCAUUUAGCUACAGUAAUGUAGGCUAUGCACCAGCACUGAAA